AUGGAGGAGGAGGACCAGGUGGAGCAGGAGGACCAGGCGGAGGAGGACCAGGUGGAGCAGGAGGACCAGGUGGAGCAGGAGGAUCAGGAGGACCAGGUGCAGGAGGAGGGGGACCAGGUGGAGGAGGAGGACCAGGCGGAGCAGGAGGACCAGGUGGAGGAGGAGGACCAGGCGGAGCAGGAGGACCAGGUGGAGCAGGAGGAGGAGGACCAGGCGGAGGAGGAGGACCAGGCGGAGCAGGAGGCCUUUUCACCCUCCAGCAUGGCUGUUAGCAGCAGUGUUGAGAUAUUACAACCACCACCAUCAAUUACAUCGUACAUCAGAAGACGGGAACUGAAACUGAUGAGGAAGUUCAGGAAACAGCUAGAUGAAAAGACUAGGAUGCUGCAGGCUGACAUAAAAAAACAUCAGGAUGCACUGGAAAUGAUAAACAGGCAGCUUCAGGCAAUGCAGGAAUCCAAGUUUCAGAUGCAGCCAGCCCCCACCUAUCACGGUGACAGGCCUGAGCCUCAGUCUUUGGAGCCAGCGCCCAAGAAACGACGCACUGAGGAGAUGAAGAGGAUGUCCCCAGACCUCAAGGAGCCUGAGUGUAAGCAGGAACAAUACUCGCUGCAGCAGCUGCAACAGAUGCAGAAGCAGCAGAUUCAGCAGCCGCAGCAGUGGCAGCACCUGCCCCUCUAUGAUGACUGCACUAGUUAUGCAGACGCAGCCCGUGUCAGCAGCUGAGCAGCAGUGCUCUGGCCAGGAAGAUGAGAGACAGAGGUGCCAGGUCCUGAGGCAGGAGCCCAGGAACCUCUAGACCUAUAGGCUCCCCAGGACCCUGCUGACUUUCCACCAGGCUCCAUCAACUGUUUGGCAUGUGCAGGCCAGUCUGAUGUGGAGCAGCCUUAGCACAGACCCUGUGAGAAGAGGGGGAGACAGUACUGCACAGCCUGCCUGGCCAGGGGACCUUCAAGGCUCGGGGAGUCCCCAGGAGUAGGGGCUAGCAGGGUGAGAGUGGAUACU